AUGUCCGAUUCUGGUAACAUCAAGGUGGUGGUGCGAUGUAGACCUAUGAACAGUCGAGAAAGAACACGAGGAGCAUCCAACUUGGUGGACUUCACAGAUCAGACCCAGCUUGUACUCAACCCUCCAUCGGAAGGAGACUCGAAAGAGAAUGCACGCGCGACAAAGAAGAAGGCGAUGCCCUUCUCGUUUGAUAGAGCUUACGACGAGAACACAGAACAGCAGGAGCUGUUCGAGUAUGUAGGCUUGGAUGUCCUGAAACAGGCUUUCGAUGGAUUCAAUACUGUGAGCGAGCGUGCAGUAGGGUAGCGCGCCUUUUGGCUCCGCCUUUCUGACCCUUACUGUCGUACCAUGCGCACGGCUUUCAGUGCGUCUUUGCUUAGUGAGUGAAGAUCUACCGCAAGUCGAACGUGCAUACAUGCCUGCUCAUAGUGAGCUUUCCAACACUGCAGCGGCCAAACCGGCUCCGGAAAGUCCCAUAGCAUGGUGGGCUACGCGCAAGCGAAGGGGCUCAUCCCUUUGACAUGCUCGAAGCUGUUUGAAGAGGCAGAGGACAAGAUGGGUGCGAAUUCGAAUCUGCGCGUGACAGUGGAAGUGUCAUACAUCGAGAUCUACAACGAAAAGGUUCGAGACUUGCUGAAUCCGAAGAACAAGGGCAAUCUGAAAGUCAGAGAACAUCCAAGUCUGGGACCGUAUGUCGAAGACCUGAGCAAGUUGGCGGUAGCGUCGUUCCCAGAAAUAGAGAACCUGAUGGAUGAAGGCAACAAGGCACGGACUGUGGCUGCGACGAACAUGAACGAAACAAGCUCUCGCUCGCACGCUGUGUUUACGCUUAUUGUCACGCAGAAGAUCAAGGACCAAGAGACAAAUCUAGAAGCGGAGAAAGUAGCAAAGGUCAGGUGAGUUGGCGUCGCUGUGUGCAUGCUGGCUGACACUUGCUGAGACAAAUCAAUGUAUCAAAGCUUGGUGGAUUUGGCUGGAUCAGAGAGAGCGAACUCGACGGGUGCGACAGGUAGCCGUCUGAAGGAAGGUGCAAAUAUCAAUAGAUCAUUAACAACUUUGGGUAAGGUUAUUGCAGCGCUCGCAGCUGCGAGCACAGCGCCGAGCAGCAAAAAGAAGCAGCUGGACAACUUCGUGCCUUAUCGCGACUCAGUCCUGACUUGGCUGUUAAAGGACUCGCUGGGAGGUAAUAGCAAGACUGCAAUGAUUGCUGCGAUUUCACCUGCAGAUUACGAAGAGACGCUGAGCACAUUGAGAUACGCAGACUCGGCCAAGAAGAUCAAGAACAAGGCUGUAGUCAACGAAGAUCCGAACGCCAAGCUCAUUCGAGAGCUCAAAGAAGAGCUGGAGAUGCUCCGAACUCGUGCUCAAAUGGGUGGCAUGGGAGGUGGGGAGGGCGAGUCGUCUUGGGAUCCCACAGUUCCACCCGAGAAGCAGGUCGUGCGCUACCAAACCAAGACCGGCGAGAUCAAGACUGUGACCAAAGCCGAGCUACAAGAGCAGAUGGAGAGUGCGGAGAAGCUCAUGGCUUCGGUCAAUGAGACUUGGGAAGACAAGCUCCGAAAUACUCAAAAGAUCCAAGUGGAGAGGGAAAAGGCCUUGGAAGAGCUCGGCAUCAGUGUGGAGAAGGGCAACGUUGGCGUGCACACGCCAAAGAAAUUGCCUCACUUGGUGAAUUUGAACGAAGAUCCUCUCAUGUCGGAAUGCCUCGUCUACCAAUUGAGACCGGGCGACACCAAGGUGGGAAACAUCGACGCUGCUGAAGAGGGGGCAGGGGAUCCUAAUGGGGAGUCGACAUCAGGAGAUACGCCAGCAAUCCGAUUGUCAGGCUCGAACAUAUUGGCGGAACAUUGCGUUUUCAACGUUGCGGACAGUGGCGUCGUCACUAUAGAGAAUUCUGGCGGCGGCAUGACCAUGGUGAACGGCAAGCGAGUGCAGCCAGGAGAGCCAAGACGUCUCAGGUCAGGCUAUCGUGUCAUUCUGGGCGACUUUCAUGUCUUCAGAUUCAACCACCCCGAGGAAGUCCGCAGGGCGCGUGAUAGGGUCAAGUCGACGAUGGCGAUGUCCACAGGCGACGAGCUGAACCAGACAACGGAUCCGGGCACGCCUGGACGUCCAGAGUCUCCUGUCUCGAAUGCGGAUGAGGCUGGGGACGUCGACUGGACAUAUGCAAGGCGCGAGGCCGCUUUGGCGAGAUUGAAUGGCGACAAUGCAGCAUUCGACCAUCUCGAGCCUCAGGAGCUUGACAAGCUCUUUGAAGACAUUUCCAGAGCUCGCCAUAAGCGUGGCACGAGCCUCGCCGCGCCCAGCAGGCCCGAGAGUCGACUGAGCUCGCUGGACGAUGCGAAUAGCGAGUCUCCAUCUAUGGCGCGCCCCUUCUCGCUGAGCACCUACACCGACGACACCUCCAUCGAUCCCUGGGGUAGCGGUGGUCCUGGAAGCCGCGACGCUGCUUCGGUUGCCGGAACAACAGACAACGGCGACGCGACGGUCGAGUUUCAAGCGCACGCCGAUCUCAAGCAGAAGGUCAAAGAGUACGAGGCACAAUUGACUUUGCUCCAAGCAGGUGGAGAGCCUCCCAAUCCUCUGGACAUUCCCGUCAUUUAUACCGAGCCUGAGAAAGCUAUGCUCUACAGGGUACUCGCCAAGUGGAGAGGACAUACAAGGGUCUCUAUGGCAGAGGACAUCUUAUCCAAUGCGGUACUUCUGAAGGAGGCAAACGUGAUCAGCAUGGAGCUGGACAAGAAGACCACCAUGCAGUACACGAUCAUCGACGACGAACCGCUGAGCAACCCGAUCUCUUCCGUUGAGUCCAUUGCUGGCCUAGACGACCUGGAUGACGUUGCAGACCCCGAGCUUCACAAAGCUCCAAAGCCAUGCGUUGCGGUUCGGGUCAUCGAUCAUCUGCACUCAACUUCAUACAUUUGGUCCCUGCCAAAACUCGAAGCACGGCUCGCCAAGAUGAGGAAUCUUUACAGCUUCAUCGACAGACCUGAAUACUCACAACACUUCAAUUGGGCAGAUCCUUUCUAUGAGGUGCCAGCCCCUUCCUAUAUGUUCAUCGGCAAUGCCUUGCUACCCCUCUGUCCGCUUUCUCGUAAGGUGUCGGCGAAGUAUCGGUUGCCGAUUCUUUCGCGGCACACUGGCAGCGAAAUCGGACAAUGCUCUGCUGAGCUCAAAUUUGUCAGCAUCUCUGCCUCUCCAGUCAAGAGCAAGACCUCAAACGGCACCGCCUCGCCCGAGACAACAACAUCUUCGGACGGCAAUGACUCUGAGCUACCUGCUGGUCACAAGUUUGGUCUGCAGCUGUCCAUUGACGGUGUGAUCGGCCUUCCAAGUAGCGACUUUGAGCGGUUGCACGUCCAAGUCAGAUUAAGCAGCAUUGCUGGCCGGACAGUCAGCAAAGAUGAAGUCUUUGCUUCAGCACCAGCCGAGCUCGGACAGAAGGGUGUCAGCGCGUUAUCGGACGUCAAAUUACGCAGAACUCUGACUUUCGUCAUCACACCAGAGAUUGCAGAGUAUAUGCGCUCAGGCUUCGCACCGAUCGAAUUUCACGCCCGCGUCAAAUCGCAGCAUCUUACAGCGCUCGAGGACUACGACGCCGCCAAGGAGGCCAAACGAUUGACGGGUCGCGCACCUCCCACGCUCAAUGGCAGUGAUCUCGGUGCCGACAGCAACUCUCUCGAACGUCCAGUGCUCCUCCACAAAUCGUCCGCUGCCGGACGCUUGUCAGAGAACCAGAUGAUAUCCGAGCAGCGUCACGACGUCUUGGCAUUCGUGCAACUGUGCGAACUGGAUGACAGGGGGGAAUACGUGCCAGUGCAGGUCCGCGCUCAAUCGUCGCUCGACCCAGGAGCCUUUUCGCUAAGGCAAGGACUCCAGCGGAAGCUAGUCCUGACCAUGACCCAUGAUUCUGGACGGCAAUUUAAUUGGGCCGGUGUCCGCGCUGCUGAGCUCAGCGAGGUUCGAUUACUUGACGCUCGUGGCCGGGUGCAUUCCUCUACCCUCGGGGAGCCAGUGCACCUCAAAGUCCCGACGAAACAGCAGCAAGUCGACUUUAGACCCAACGGGACAAGCGAGCUGUCCAUGUGGGCCUGGUGGGAUAGCAGCGUACAUGACUCUAUUUUCUUAAAUAGACCAACGCCAAGCGGCCAAAGAGUUCUGCUGCGCUUCAGCUUCACUUUGGAUGUGGAGAUGUGCACCGCACCUGCUCAGUUCAGCAUGGACAUCGCGGUGUCGAUAGGUGGCAGAGAUUCUAAGCCGCAAGGCAAGCUUAUGAGCCUCAUCGGAGCUGCCACGACGGGUGCUAGAGUCUUGACGAAGACGAGCGCGCUGUUCGCUGUACGGCUUGUGCCACCCUUGGAAAAGCGCACCAAGGAAUUGUGGAGGCUCGACACUGCCGCAAAGUACGUGAGGGGCGAGGAAGCGCUACAGGGCAAGUGGAAGCCUCGUGGCGUCAGCUUGGUGCACGAUCACGCUCGCAUGGUUCGACUUGAAAGACGAAGAGCGGAAGUGGAAGGCGUGCGUAGGCUGCUCGAGUCGGCACCGCCACUAUCAAUGUCGAAUGGUAGCAACAAUGCAGGGGGCGAUCACGAGGGUCUGCUCCAGCGCGCAGUCACCUACUGGCAAGCAGCGCGACGAGAUGCACAGCUGGUGAGUGCUGCAGUAAGAGAAAUGGCAAGGACAACAAGCUGACUUGCUGUCCGGACCCGUAGUCUGUUCUCGCUCAGGAAUCUGAAGAGGCUGCUGAAGAAGCCGCCGAUGAGGCCGAAGCAAAGGCUGCUGCGUCCAUUUCUGUCAAGACACCAGCUCCUCAUUCUUCACCCGCAACCCCGUCCAAGCUCAUCGCAGAAGUCUCACUCGUGCCUCGCACGGAUUCUGCAGCCAAGCGAGGCUGGCUGGCUCUUCCUGCUGAGCCUCACUCUGAUCGAUGGAUUAGAAGAUGGUUUGUCUUGCGACGGUCAGUAGCAUCUUUAGAGUGCGACGAUGCUUGUCUCGUUUCUGUAUAGCUCAACGCGUCUCAUGUUCUCACAGGCCGUAUCUGUACGUCUACGAGAACAGCGCGGAGCUGGAUGAGCUCAUGGCGAUGCAUCUAGGCUCCGUGCGCGUGGAGCACGACGAGAACAUUGAGCGCAUGUUAAUGGUGAGUCACAUCAGAUCCAAGGCUUCAUCAAUCACCGGCGCUCACGUCCAAGUCGUCUCUCGUGCUCCUUCGCCGCUCGGAACGCAGCGCGAAAACGUAUUCGGGCUCUACACUGCCGCGAAUUCCUAUUUCUUGCAAGCACCUUCAGAUCAAGACUUAUCCGCGUGGAUGUGAGUGUGACGUGCCUUUCAAACCAUCGAUGCAUGCAAUGCUGAUCAGGAUCCUUGUACCGCUUCUCCAGGCGAGCCCUGGACAGCUUCCACACUGCACGCAGAUGA